CAUGUAGCUUCUCUCAGUUUCUGAUCAUUCAACAUAAAACUUUUAAUCUUAAAUGUUGUUGUCUCUCUGCUCCUCCACUGGCCACAGUAGCAGACUAAGUGAGUCUGGCUGGUGUUUAAUGAGCUGAACCAGUCACAGCUGAGUAGAAGUGAAUACAGGGACGUGUUGAAGACGAACACAUCUCAGCUGCUCAGAUGAGUUUAUGCAACUUUUACAACAGCCCCUUGUACAUAAUCUAUAAAUCAGUCAAUCAGUCUGUUGGAGUCACUUCCUGGUUGUGUUGAGUUGUGACUCGUUGCUGUGUUUUUACUUUCACUUUCAUCGUGGAUCGAGUCUCACAAACAGUUGAACUUAAUACUGUAUAAAUGAUGGAUUGAACUCAUUUAAAACUCAUUUAAAACCAGGAUAGUCGAAGCUUCCACGUGAACCGUUUGUUCCUGUCGCGUGGAUCGAUCGAUCAAUCAGCUGAUUGGAGGAUUCGGACCUUUAAUUUAAUCUGAGGCUUCACACACGGAUCGAUGCAGGUCGAUCAAGCUGAAUGCAGGGACACUGAUCUCAGUGAGACGUUCCAGGACUCAGACCAGAGGACACAGAGCAGAAAGUUUUUUUUUCGUUGAGAGAAGAGUCGUUGGUUUCCAGCAGAGUGACAUCAUGGCUGCAGCAUCUGAGUGAACAAGCAGCUAUGAAAUGCUUCCCCCCACCAUGUCUGAGCUGAGGGUUGUUCUGUUGGGGAACACCUGGACUGAGAGGAGUUCAGCUGGAAACUUCAUCCUGGGAGAGACUGUGUUCAACACUGAGAAAGAACCAGACUGCUGUGUGAGAGUCAGUGGACGAUGCAUGUAUAGACGGAUUGUUCUCAUCAACCCUCCAGAUCUGCUGCAUCUGAACGUCUCUGAAGACAAACUGACAGAGUCCAUAGAAGAAUGUGUGAGACUCUCUGAUCCUGGACCUCAUGUGUUCCUGCUGGUUCUACAGCCUGAAGACUUCACCGAGCAACACAGACAGAGGCUUCAAACCAUCCUUGAAAACUUUGGUGAUCAAUCAUUUGAACAUUCCCUCAUAUUGAUAUCAAAACCUGCCAAGAUCAAAUCAGGUUCAAUGGAGAACUACAUGGAACAACCAGCUUUAAAACACAUGUACAGAAUGUGCAGGUACAGAUAUGUGAAGCAGAGUGAAGUUGAACUUCUGGAACUGGUGACACGCUUUGCUCAGAUUGUGAGAGAGAACAACGGAGAGCAUGUGAGCUGUGGUUUAUCUGGAAAUGGAGCAAAGCUGAGACACCAGGAACCACUGCCUGUCAACAUGGAUCCUACUCGAGCUGCAGCUCGAGGAGUCAGGAUUGUUCUGUUUGGGAAAAGUGAAGAAGAAAAGAUGACACUAGGAGACUUCAUCAUGAAGAAAAAAUCUUUUCACUUUCAAACUUUCUCUCCAAAACAACAUUGUGAGUUUGCUGAUGGAGAAUGGAAAGGAGAACCAUUAACAGUGGUGAAAACUCCAGACAUGUUCAGUCUGUCUGUGGAAUCAGUGAGAGAAGAGAUGAAGAACUGUGUGAGUCUCUGUCCUCCUGGACCAAAUGUUCUGCUGCUGUUAGUGAGGCCUUCUGAUUUCACUGAGGAGAACAGAAAAACUCUGAAGUUCAUCCUGAGUUUGUUUGGACGAGAUGUCUUUAAAUAUUCAGUGGUGGUCAGCACUUACAAGCAUCAGUGGAAUGAAACAAGUGUCUCUGUGAACAAGCUGCUUGAUGAAUGUGAUGGAAGACACUACAACAUGUUCAAAGAGGAUCACAACCAGCUGAUGGAGCAGAUUGAGAAGAUUGUUGAUGAGACUGAAGAGAGCAUCAAACCAAAGUUAAACCUGGUUCUGUGUGGGAGGAGAGAAGCAGGGAAGACUUCAGCAGUCAAAGCCAUUUUAGGUCAGACAGAGCUUCAUUCAGCCUCCAACUCAUCAGAGUGUGUUCAGAAUCAGGGAGAGGUGUGUGGACGUUGGGUUUCCCUGGUGGAGCUGCCUGCCUUGGAUGGAAAACCUCAGGAGGCAGUGAUGGAGGAAUCAUUGAGGUGUAUCUCCCUCUGUGAUCCUGAGGGCGUCCAUGCCUUCAUCCUGGUCCUACCUGUGGCUCCCCUCACUGAUGAAGACAAGGGAGAGUUAGAGAUCAUCCAGAACACAUUCAGCUCUCGAGUCAAUGACUUCACCAUCAUUCUGUUCACUGUGGAGUCAGAUCCAACUCAUCCAGCUGUUGUUAACUUUGUAGACAGAGACAGAGACAUCCAGGAGAUCUGUCAACGUUUUGGAGGAAGAUAUUUUGUUCUCAACAUCAAGAACAAACAGCAGAUCCCACAGCUGUUGGACAGAGUUGAACAGAUGAGAGUCACUAAGGACAAACCAAGCUGCUACACAACAGGAACAUUUGCUCAGGCUCAGAUGGAGAAAGUCUUACAACAACAGGAUGAACUUGAGAAGCUGAAAAAGAUCAAAGUUUCCUCUGCAGGUGAUGAAGAGAAGCAGAGUCCAGAGCGUCUCAGGAUUGUGUUGAUAGGGAAGACUGGUUGUGGAAAGAGUUCUACAGGAAACACCAUUCUAGGAAGAAAACAGUUUAAAGCUGAUUCUAGUUACACAUCAGUCACCAAAUUUUGUCAUAAAGCUCAGGGUGAGGUGGACGGUCGUCCUGUUGUUGUAGUGGACACUCCUGGUCUGUUUAACUCAACUUUGUCCCAUGAAGACGUCAAUGAGGAGAUGGUGAAAUGUAUCAGUCUUCUGGCUCCAGGACCACAUGUCUUCCUGUUGGUGUUACAGAUUGGAAGAUUCACAAAAGAGGAGAAGGAGACACUGAAACUCAUCAAGAAAGGAUUUGGAAAGAAUUCAGAAAAGUUCACAAUCAUUCUAUUAACUGGAGGAGAUUUGUUGAAACAACAUAAACUGUCCAUUGAAGAAUACAUAGAAACAAAUUGUGAUGAUUCCUUUAAGAAGCUUAUCUCUGACUGUGGAGGAAGAUACCAUGUGUUUUAUAAUCGUGAUGAAAACAACCAGCAACAAGUCAGAGAGCUGAUAACAAAGAUUGACACCAUGGUGAAGGAAAAUGGAGGCAGCUGCUUCACCAAUGAGAUGCUGCAAGAGGCUGAAGCAGCAAUAAAGAAAGAAAUGGAGAGAAUCCUGAAGGAGAAGGAGGAAAAGAUGAAGAGUCAGAGAGAAGAACUAGAAAGGAAACAUGAGGAAGAAAAGGAAGAAAUUAAAAGAAGAAUGGAAAAAGAGAAAAAAGAAAUUGAACAAGAGAGAGAACUAAGAGCAGAGCAACUUAAAGAAAUGGAGGAAAACAUCAAGAAGGAACGAGAGGAAAGAAAGAAGGAGCAGGGAGAAGAAGAAGAAAUGAAAAGAAAACAGCAGGAAGAAAGACAACUAUGGAUGUGGGAACAAGAACGAGAAGCUUUGGAGAAAAAAAUCAAGUUAGAAUCAGAAGAAAAGGAAACAAUUGAUAGAAAACUGGAGGAGAUGAGAAAAGAGAUGGAAGAAAAACGAGAAGAAUGGGAGAAAGAACGAAAAGAAUGGUGGGAGAAACGAUAUCAAGAAAAUGAACAGAGACGACAGGAGGAGAAAAGAAGAAUGGAUGAACUUGAAGAAAAGUACAAGCAGGAAAAAGAAGAUGAAAAGAAACAAAUAGAGGAUCAGAUCAGAAGAAAAGAGCAAGAGGAGAAAGAGAGAAAAUAUUUAGAAGAAAAACACAAACAAACUCUGAAGAAUCUGAAGGAGAAUUAUGAAGAUGACGCCAGACAGAAAGCUGAAGAGUUCAAUGGAUUUGAAAGGAAACAUUUGAGGGAAUUAGCAGCUCAGAAAGAAGAGUCUGAGAAACAAAUGUAUGAAUUAAUGAGACGUGUGACCAACAACACAGAAAACCUGAAUAGAAUCAAGUAUUUACUGAGAAACCAUGAGCAACAAAUGAAGGAAGAGAAAAAUGAGGCUGAAAAGGAAAAUCUGCAGAAGUCACAGGAGAAAGAGAUGAAUAAUUUGAUCCAAAAGAUUCUGAAACAAAAACUUGAGAACACAUCAAGCUGCAGCAUUUUAUAAAGUCGUGUUCUUCUUCUUCUGUCCAGAAUCCUUCAGACAUCAGGACCUUUACAGAGCAGAGUCACAUGUCGUCUUCUUCGUGUUCCUGUCUAGAUUAUCACGUCCUCACAGAACUCUGCUCUGAUAAUAAUAUUAAUGAACCAUCCACAUGGACACACAGAUCUACUGCAGCACUUAUCACACCCACUUAAUUCAUGUUUUAAAGAAUCUGGGACUCAGUCAAAGCUAGUGUGAUGUUACUUUAAUGACUUCAGGGUUUCUCAAUGUGUAUGAUCAUCUCUAGUAGAACAGUUAAAGAAGAACCAGAUGAAUGUUUAGGAACAAGUCAAAGUCCUGACCUUCAUCCAGUAGAAAUGUUGGAGCAUCAGUUGAUGAGAGGAAACCACCAACAUCUCACACUGACCUGGUUCUGUUCUGAUUAAUGGGAUCAAACUCCUCCAAGCUGCUCUCAGACAAACUCACAGAUAUGUGCAUGAUACAUUUAGUGGGACAGUAAGGGUCAUAUUUCAGUUUCAUGUCUUUCACUGGGUUCUCUUUCUCUACUUUCAGGACUUGUGUGAAAAUUUGAUAAUGUUUUGAGUCAUUUUUAUGCAGAAAUAUAGAAAACAACCUUUAAGCUGCUCUGUACGUUAGAGAUGACUGAUUUCUGCUGUUGGACAAUGUUUUUUUAUUCCAUUACAUCUGGACCAGUUAACGUUAUUGUUGAUGAACUUAUGAGACGUUGUGUGUUGUUCAGUGUGACUCUUUAAAGGACUCGUGUUCAUUGAAGCUGUGUCUACCUGCUGAUCAAUGAGACCUUGUAGUUUUUACUCUUUCACACUCUCUAAAUGGAGCUGAUCUUCAUUCUGGAUUUUCUCUUCAGGUUUUUUCAAAUCAACAUUUUAUGGUGGAAACAUUUGAUUUCUUUUCUUUCCUGUUUUAUCUCAGACGUGUUAAUGUUCAAAGAGUCGAUGCAGCCAGAUGCUGUUCAUCCUGCAGGAAACCUUCAUCUUCUGUUCUCUUUGAGCCUUUGUUUCUAAAAUCCAAAGACAUGAAUGAAGAGGAAGCAGCAGGACUUCAGCAGGAAGCUCUGGUUUUCUUUACAACAUGAUGGAGAAAUGAUGUUUGUGAUUUGAGUGAAAUAAAAUGUUCUGAAGUCACAACAUGAACUGAACUAUGAAACACAUGAACAUCUUUAACCUGAUACCUGAUGUGCAGAUAUCAGACUGUAGAGACAGAACACAUUUUCUUUUUUAUCCUGCUUUGAUUUAUUGAGUCUUUAUUUCUGAUUAUGUAAUGUAGAUAGAUUUCAGUGUAUGUAUUGAUCAUCCAGAUUUUUAUCUUGAUAUUUGAUCCAAAGAAACUUGUAACCAUGAGAUAAACUGUCAGAUGUGUCCUGAUAAAUAGAGUGACAUUAGAAACAUGUAGAACAUCUGUAUUUAGACGUCUUCUCUCCUUAACAUGUCCACAAUCUGUAGCUGAUAAGAACUGAUUUUACAUUCUCGUCCAGUUCAUUAUUUACUAACCAGAGUAUAUGUUGAAUAUCUGACUCAUUUUAUUGGUUCAUUGUGAAAUUAAACAGCCACAGUAUCUGAAUAAAGCAAAGUGAACUGAG